AUGGCCUUUAUGACUACAAAAGAAUCUGUUCAGACUUGUGUUUUGUCCAAAAGAUGGAAAGAACUCUGGAAAAGUCUCCCAACCCUAACAUUAAGCAACACACACUUUCGAAAGAAUAGUUUGUUCAAAAAGUUUAUUCACAAGGUUUUGCUCCAUCGUGACAAUUCUAGUGCCUUGCGUAAUUUUUCUAUUGAGCAUAAAGGGUUUGUUCAUUGUCGAAUUUUCGGUAAUCUCAUUGCAUAUGCUGUAUCACAUGAUGUGGAGCAAUUCAAAUUUGAAGCUGGAAUUUGUUGUUAUGCUCGAAACGUUGUGUUUGUUAAUUCCUUGUGUCCAUGUUACACUUUAAAAUAUCUUAACCUUUCAUUUCGUGGCACUAAAGGAGCAAUAAUAUUUCCCGAAACUCUAGACCUUCCUGAGUUAAUAGAUUGUCGUCUAAAGGAUAUUGCAUUUUGUUCAAGUGACAGUGGUUGUGCAAAGCCAUUUUUAGGCUGUAACAAGUUGAGUACUUUGGUCAUUGAUAAUUGUACCAUAUAUGAUGCAGAAAUCUGUUGUAUGUUUAGUGAUAAACUUUUCAAUCUGACCGUAUGGUACAACCGUUUAACUUAUGAUCCUGACAAACAAAGGUCUACUCCCAAUCUUAGUUCAUUUGCCUUCGUCGGUCGUCUUAUUACUAGUAAUAGUAAUCAUCAACCCUUCGAGUACAAUUUAGGUCUACUUGAAGAUGCAAAUGUUGAAGACUUUUGCUGGGAAAUUUCUUUGGAUAUUGCUGAAACCUUGAAGAGUUGGUUGAACAGGUUUGGUACUGUAAGCUCAUCUAGACAUUGUUCACAAACUUCAAAGGUUCUCUGCAGUUCAUUUUGGUAG